CCCAAAUACACUGUCCAGAAGUCGGGGACCUGGUGGUUGGCCUUGAAAAUGUCCUCGAUCCUCAUGUCCACCCCCGGAGAAACGAUUUGCGAGAACUGCUCGGACUUAGAUUUGCGUGGUAUCUUUGCAGGCAACUUCGAGAUGGAAGACAGAUUCAUUUCCCGGAAGAGUGGUACUUCUGUGAGAUGGGCUUGGAAGCAGACGAAAGAUUGCCAAUUUUGCAACUUCAUCGAGAAAUGCAGCGUUUAUCGUACGGUUGUGUACGACCCUCCAGAGCUUGAUGCCCAACUCGAGCCGAGAUGGUUGAAGCGCGAGCAUUCUAGGUGGUUCGAACUCGGAAGGGAGGAGCGGAUUUUUCGACUGGUCUUUGAUACAUCUCCAUCAGAAGAAUCUUGGUUGGAUCAUUCGCGGCCCUCAACUUCUCCCCCACACUCACUCAUUGGUUGCACGAUGUCAGACUGGCAUCAUAGCGAAGUGGGUAGAAGUUGCCCAAUUCGGUUGAUUCCACGGCUGAUAGAAUCCUUCGAUGUUCUUAGGAAGAGAAUUGAAACCUGUCAAGAGAGCCAUUCGUGCAUGCAGCACGCUGGGGGCCAAGAGCCACCCAAAUCGAUUCCGAAUCUGUUGCUCAUUGACUGCAUAACUUGUCGGGUAGUUGCUGCGCCAGACCACUGUUGGUAUCUUGCACUGAGCUACGUGUGGGGAAAUCAGAAGGCGAGGGCUGUACAUACUGGAGAGAAAUUGUCGUCUCUGCCUCAGACCAUCGAGGAUGCCAUUACCGUCACUUUAAAACUUGGCUUUCAGUAUUUGUGGGUCGACAUGUAUUGCAUCAAGCAAGACAAUCAAAAUCAUGUCGGAGAUCAAAUCAGACAUAUGGAUCUUGUCUACCGAAGAGCGCGAGCCACGAUCAUCGCAGCAGCCGGUGAAGAGCCCGACUUUGGACUUCCUGGUGUGAGCUCUGUGCGAUAG